AUGCCACCGAAACUUUCAUAUGGACUGAACAUGCCCAGCAAAAACCCCUCGGGGCCGAAGCCGGGCAAUGCAUUCGGACAAAAGCGCAAGAAGAAUAUCUUCGACGAUGAUUCUGGCGACGAAGGCCAACAAAAUGACACCGAAACCAUGGAAGUAUCGACAAUAGGAGGACUCGAAGCGCCAGCUCCCAAGUCGAAACCCUCAGCUGCCGAGCCGCCGCCCAAGCGAAAGAUGCAACUGGGGGGUGUUGGCAAGCCCAAUGUGAAGCCUAUUAGCAAGAACUCCAUUUUUGCCGAUGACGAGGACGAAGACGAAGAGAAUGAGAAGCAGCAACAGGGGGAAAUUAGCCUGGGACUGAACCAGGCGCAAUCGAAGAAGCCAACUGGCUCUACUCAAGAAUACACCAAUCUCUCGGCAUUGCACAGCAGCAAGAAGCACAGCAAGGAAGCUGAGGAGCUGGAUCCAUCCAUAUACUCUUACGAUGCUGUUUACGACAGUCUGCACGCGAAGCCUGACCAAUCCGCCGCCACGAAAAAGGGCGAAGUACCCAAAUACAUGACAUCCCUACUGCGCAGUGCGGAGGUUCGAAAACGCGACCAACUGCGCGCGCGCGACCGCCAGCUAGCCAAAGAGCGCGAGGCUGAGGGCGACGAAUUUGCAGACAAGGAGAAGUUCGUCACGUCUGCCUACAAGGCGCAGCAAGAAGAACUGCGGAAGAUUGAAGAAGAGGACGCCCGUCGAGAGAAGGAGGAGGAAGAGCGACGCAAACAAAACGGGAGCGCCGGCAUGGUCGGGUUCUAUCGGGACAUGUUGUCGCGAGGUGAGCAGCGGCACGAGGAGGUUGUCAAGGCGGCGGAAGAGGCCGCUCGCCGGGUCAAGUCAGGCGAGAUCCCCGACGAUACAGCAAAGGAACCAGACGAGAAGACGGAUGCCCAAUCGAUAGAGGAUCUCAAUGCUCACGGUGCCCAUAUUGCUGUCAACGACGAAGGCCAGGUCGUCGACAAACGCCAACUGCUUUCUGCAGGUCUGAACGUGUCUCAGAAACCCAAGCCCGAGCCGUCCAAGACUGCCGCACCCGCCUCCCAUCCUUCGGCGGGGCGACCAGGUAUGGGCGCGGGCUACCAGUCCGCCCGCCAUGCUCAGCGUGCCCGCCAGACCGAGAUGGUCGCAUCCCAGCUUGAGGAGCGUGCUCGACAAGAGGAAGAAGCCGAGGCAGGACGGCAAAAGGAGAUCGCCGAACGCAACCGCAGUCGCAAGACCGAGGGCGAUGUGUCCAGUGCGAAGGAGCGAUAUUUGGCCAGAAAACGAGAGCGAGAAGAAGCUGCCGCCAAGGAAAAGGCAAAGGCAGGCUGA